AUGGCUAGAUACGGUGCUACCUCUACUAACCCAGCUAAGUCUGCUGCUGCCCGUGGUUCCUACUUGCGUGUUUCUUUCAAGAACACCAGGGAGACCGCCCAGGCCAUUAACGGCUGGGGUUUGGAAAGAGCCCAGAAGUACUUGGACCAGGUCUUGGACCACCAGAGAGCCAUUCCAUUCAGAAGAUUCAACUCUUCCAUCGGUAGAACCGGUCAGGGUAAGGAGUUCGGCGUGACCAAGGCCAGAUGGCCAGCUAAGUCCGUCAAGUUCGUCCAGGACUUGUUGCAGAACGCCGCUGCCAACGCUGAGGCUAAGGGUUUGGACUCCACCAAGUUGUUCGUCUCUCACAUCCAGGUUAACAAGGCUCCAAAGCAGAGAAGAAGAACCUUCAGAGCUCACGGUAGAAUCAACAAGUACGAGUCUAGUCCUUCCCACAUCGAGUUGGUCUUGACCGAGAAGGAGGAAGCCGUUGAGAAGGCCGAGGAGAAGAAGGUUGUCAGAUUGUCCUCCAGACAGAGAGGUAGAUUGGCUGCUCAAAAGCGUAUCACCGCUUAA